AUGACGUCCACAACAGAACUCCGUCCAAUGUCUCCCAACUCCGCGAUAAGUUCUCCGCCUACACCAGCCGCCAUCUCUGGCACCCAGACGCCGGUCGGCCAAAGAUUGGUGGCGGCGAAGAUGGUCGACGGUUACAGAUUGUUCUCAGACUUUAUUUCCUCCGAUCCAUUACGGUCUACAACCAUCUUUCGACGCUUCGACCGUCUCGCUAUGCGCAACCUACUCUAUCUGGAAAGCGAGCUAUCAGCAUUGGAGAGUGAGGUAGAAAGACUAGACAUGGAUCUGAUUCCCGAGACCUUGGUCAACCAUCUGGGUGACUGGACGAUACUCAAGGCCGAGGCUGAGUAUGCUGAAGAGUGUACGACCGAGAACAUAUCCGAGGAAGAAGCUAGGAAACAAGAAUUGAUGAUAGCAAGGAUGCGAUUGGUGAAGAAGAUCAGGGUCAAAGUGAAAGAAUAUCACGAAGCUUUGAAACUGAUGAACGAGAUUUUCGCUCUCGAGAGGCCCGAACAUGAUGACAUUGAGACGAACGGCCGUAUUUUUGUGCAACCCGAUGAAGAUGAUUAUGAUCACGACCAUUGGGAGGACAAGGCCGAAUCACACGCUAUCAUACAAGGCGCUAUGUCCUUCCAUCUGUGCAAGGACAACCAAAAAGAUCUUUGCACAUUGGCGCCACAAGUGGAACGAGAUCCCCUCACCCGUCUGGUUGAGAGCAAACACCAACUCCGCAACAUGAUAAAGGACAAAACGACCGGUAUGACCAGCCUCUCCAAAUGGAAACGUCUGAACAAGGUCAUCACAUGGAUAAGCGUCUGUCUUGUGGUGGCCUGGCUCGUCGGCGCGAUCAUUGGUCUAUAUUUCUGGAAGUCAGACCACGGUCGUCUCAUCUUACUCAGCGUCCUGACGCCCGGCUUUGCAUUCUCGAUCCUCUGGAUCACCACCGCACGAAGGCACGAUGUAUUUGCAUCAACAGCGGCGUAUGCUGCUGUACUUGUCGUUUUCAUUGGUAGCACGCUCCAGACUUCCAAUUCUACACCUGGAGCCAGUUCUGCAUCAAGCAAGACACGAAGAAUCAAGAACGUUCAGCCUUCUCGAACAUAUCUCGCUGCAAGCUAUGAGACUGGCUACACAUUGGACAAGACUUAUGCUGUCACACCAAUGGGCGGGAUGUUUGUUGUCGCUACCAUGUUGCUCUGCGCGGUGGUACUAUUACAAUUGAGAAGAAGGGCACGUAUAAGACUAUAA